AUGGAGGAAUCUGCUGUGGACGCCCGCCCGCGUCGCGGCGCCUCUCGCUCUGCACGAUCAGCUAAACCUUUGAGACGUGGGCUCUCCAAUCCCUCGCAUGAUGCUGGAUCAUCAGCAGAUGAGGAAGAAGAGGAGGAAGAAGAAGAGGAAGAAGAAAUUGAAGAAGAAGAGGACGAACCUGUUGACGAGGCUGACGAGGCGGAGCUGGACGCCAUCGAUGCCGCGUAUCGCAUCUCACCUACUGCUCGUGAGCUGCACACGCUCGAUCAGGGAACACUCGUGCGUAUCCUAAAGACGCCCGACGUAGAACAGCGUGUGCCCCACACGAUGUACAAGGUGGGCGUGGUGGAGGAGGUCCCACUGCACCCCAACACGUGGUUCAAAGUGCGUAUCCGAGACGGAGAUGUAGUCUACAAGUACAGACCAUCCGCGCUCGAGGUGCUAGAAGAAGGAGACGACGUCGGCAGUCCUGGGGGCUCACCAAUGGUACACCAGGAAGAGACAAGUCAUUUGAACGACGCAGAAGAUGAAGCGGAAGAAGAACAGAAAGAAGAGAAUCAAGAUGGACGUCUACAACCGGGAACUAGAGUCGCCGUGAAGCUGAGUGCUCUGAAUGCCGCAGAGAAGCGCUAUCUGAAGAACCAUGACGGUAAGGAGGGCGUCGUCACGGGACAUGAGAAGAAGAAAGUCAGUGUGCAGCUGGAUGGAGACGAAGAUGUCAUUAUAACGCUGCGUCAGAAGCACUUGGUGGAAGUUCAAGACGAACAAGAAGACGAGGAGGAAGGGGAAGACGAGCAAGUUGAGGAAGAGAAGAAGCCUGUAGUGACGUAUAAAAAGCGACGAGGCAAAGGAAAGCUACUUUCCACUCUGGACCCGGAUAUGUGGAUCGACCGCAAGUGCCGCAUCAAUGUCGGCAAGUUCAAGGGCCAACACGGCCGCGUGCUGCGCUCGGGGAACGGCUGGGUGCAGCUGAAGCUCGAGAACUCGAGCGAGAACACAGCCAAGCGUGCGUACGAGCUCACUCUUCUCGAGGACAUGGAGACCAUUAAGAAGCUGCAUGCCAAAAGUCUCGAGAAGGAGAGAAAACGUCGCGCUGAGAGCCGAGCCAACGGGACGAACGCCGGAGACGACGGAGACGACGAAGAUGACGAAGACGAAGCCAAUCAGAGCGGGACGGACGACCUGCUGACUGCUGAGCAGAGUGACGAUUCACAGGGAGAAGACAACGGCACACGUUCGCGUCGUGUGUCGACUCGUGGGAACUACGGCAUCUCGUGGAUUGAGAAGAAGGUGAAUUUGCCGAACCGCAAGGGCUUUGGUAUCGUCAAGAAGGCAGAUCGAGAUACUUGCACGGUGGAGAUCCAGACCACCAAGGUGAUGCAAGUGUUCAAGAAGAAAGAUCUCCAGCUUGCAGGUGACAGCCACGCGAAAACGGCUCGUCAGAACAGCCGCAAUCGCAAUAAUGCCAAGGCUCGCGAGAAACUUGGGCUUGGAGAGGACGUGGUGUUGAUGGGCACGACUCCGUCACGUUAUAUUGCGUUCCAAGACCUCGUCAAGAAGUUUGCAAUGCGUCGACGUGAAAAACUCAAGAAGCGCCCGAACCUAAUCGAGUGGGAAGCGCGACUGAAUUUGAACUACUUGGAGAAUGGAUUCUGGGACAAAAGCGAUCCGUCCGUAAUUGAUAUCGUCGUGGUUCCUCAGUGCGAGAUUUGCGGCGUGGAGAAAGAGGAGGUGGAAGGUCACUGCUGGAACGAUGAAUGUCCGAGAUGUCCUGCUUUCGAUGUGGAUUCCUUUGACCCGAAGGACGAAAACGCUCUGAUGCGAGUGCCAUUCGCACCGUUCACCAACAACAGCAUUACCACUGCGUUGUGUCUCCAGAAGGACGACAUGUCACGAAAGCGCAAGCGUCAAUCGCUGGAUACUACAAGCGCGGAACAAUUGACCUCGCCUACGGACGCCAAGAAUGCCAAGAGCGAAGCUGCCAAGGCGAAGAAGACUCCCCAGCUCUAAAUAAGCCAAGCAUAUUUCAUAUUCUGAAAAAUUCUUUUUUCAGUUUUGUGUCUUGUGAAUACAUGUAUAAUUGAUG